UCUUUUCUUUCUGCUUUUCUCUCACGCCAUCCCUUCCGUUCUUGUCAACAUUCACUAAGUUUGUAAACGCUUCUUUAAAUAACAAAUUCACAAGCACCUUUCCUCUGCUUUGGAAAAUAUCCACCUUUGCCACCCAAAACACAAAUACGUCAUAAAUGCAAACUCCAGUGACCGGUGCCAGUUAAUGUUUUGCUCUGUUAUAAAGCAAAAAACGACAACCCUGGACUUUGGUUUUGUAGCGGAUGGCAUUCUGGAACAUAUAAAUAAACCAUGGGACAAGUGAAGGAACUGGUUCGAAUGGCUGAGAAGCUAAAUAAGAUGGUAUCCAGAAACAAAAUGGAAGGAGCGCUGGAUCUGCUGAAGAAACUUAACAGCUUCGAAAUGACCAUCCAGCUUCUUCAGAGCACAAGAAUUGGCGUGGCUGUGAAUGCAAUCCGUAAGCACUGCUUAGAAGAGGAAGUGGUAGCUCUGGCGAAAAUCCUCAUCAAGAACUGGAAGAAAUUGUUGGAAGCAUCAAAGAUGCAGAAGGGCAGAGCGGAGAAAGAGAGUCCCGCCCCUGGUUGGAAGAGUUCAGUUUCCCAUCAAGAAAAGCUCUGCCAAAGUCCUGAUGGAGAACAGAAAAAUCGAAGAGCCUCUGAAAGCUCAAGAUCUUACGACUCUACUUCAUCCUUGUCCUCCUCCUCCUGUUCUUCUCCGAAAAACUCAUCAGUGGAUAGAUCCAACAGCAAGCCAAGACAAGAUGCUCCCAAGACGCCUACAAGUCCCAUCUCUCCAGUGUUUCCCCCUUCUUCCCCUGUGUCCUCUGACUCUGUCCGGAGCAAAUGCAUCGAGAUGAUUUCUGCAGCUCUGAAAAUGGAUGAUGAUUAUAAGGAGUUUGGAGUGAACUGUGAGAAGAUUGCAGCUGAAAUUGAAGAUAAUAUCUACCAGGAGCUGAAGAGUACAGACAUAAAGUACCGCAACCGUGUCAGGAGCCGAAUCAGCAACCUGAAGGAUCCAAAGAAUCCAAACCUGCGUCGCAAUGUGCUGUGUGGAGCUAUAGCGCCUAGCCUUAUUGCCAAGAUGACAGCAGAAGAAAUGGCUAGUGAUGAACUGAAAGAGCUGAGGAACGCGAUGACCCAAGAAGCCAUUCGAGAGCAUCAAAUGGCAAAGACUGGGGGAACUACAACUGAUCUUUUCCAAUGUGGCAAAUGCAAGAAGAAGAAUUGCACAUAUAAUCAGGUGCAAACACGGAGUGCAGAUGAGCCGAUGACUACUUUUGUGCUAUGCAAUGAAUGUGGCAAUCGCUGGAAGUUCUGCUGAUGAUCUUUAUAUGUGUGUGCCAGCCACUUUUGGAGAAGAUGUCCGCUCGCAUCUAAAGAGAGGAGCAAAUAUUAUGACUUGCAGAAGAAGGAAAAGGAAGUGCUGUGGGAAUCUGAGGCGCAGGUUCAUCAACAUGACUGGAGUAUUUUGCUUUAAUCGGAAUAGUGAUCAUCAUGGUGCACCGGGGCUAUUAUUGACAUAACCGUGUGUGUUCUGCCAUGCAUCUCAGAAUUUGAUAUCACAGACACGAUUCUGCAUCCAUGACUGCAAUAAAUCUGAAAGCAAAUGCUUGAGCAAUGUAUGUAGUUAGCAACAUCUUCAAAACUAGGGGGUUGGAAGAAGAGGGGAUCCCAACACAGAAUCCCUUAGCUUAGUUGACUCUGAGGAGACUGGGAUGCAUGCUAUGUCUCCUCCAACAAAACAAGGGUUUUGUUGACUUCCUCUCCAAGUCCUGGCAAUGGGAUACACCAUUUAUUUUGCUGAAUACAUGGCACCAAGAUCGGAAUAGCAUGCAAUGUGAAACCAUCCAGUCAGCGGUAAGUUGAUCAUGGGCCAUCCUGGUUGGAGAUAAAAAAACAACUUAUUAUAAGCCCUGCCACAGCCUUGUUGAACAUUCUUAUUAUCAGUACUAUGGAGCCAGAAUAUGCCACAGUUCAAUUUAAAAUCCAGUAUCCUUGAUGUUGGUUUUGGAAGAGCUGGUUCCAUUGAAUGUUUGUGACGGUUCAAAUAAUGCACAGGAUGUGUGUGUGUUUAAUGCCCCAUCUACAGUCUGUGCACAAAGCCAGAAUCCAAAACAUAUAUUCAGCCCAGCUUCACGAGCAUGGGGGAAUCACUUCCUAUGACAAAGGAUGAUGAUGGGUAUCUGGCUCUUCAGAAUUUCACCUUCAUCUCUCUUUUUUGGCCCAUACCUAACUAGACCCCUGUCAAUGUCACCAAGAAUCUGAGCCUUUUUGCUUUCUUUUCAUGCAGGUUCUCAAAGCAAUGCUUCUUGAUUCUACCUGAUAGAUUUCACAUUCAGGGUCCCUUUGCCACAGCUAGUUCCUUGCUCCAGCCACCAGAGUGCAUCAGAAGGCUAAGGUGAUGCACAUACAAUGGUACCUCAACUUACAAACUUAAUCUGUAUUGGAAUUAAAUUU